UUCUUCGGCUGAUUCAGUCAGGACUUGGGGCCGCGCGCCGGCGGGGGCACCAUGUUUCUUCAGUCAGUCAGUCUCUGGAACCUGGCGUUUUAUGCCCUUAUGGUUUUCAUGGCGACCCUGGGGCUGUGGGACGUCUUCUUCGGCUUCGAGGAGAACAAGUGCAGUAUGAGCUAUAUGUUUGAGUACCCGGAGUAUCAGAAAAUAGAACUUCCAAAGAAACUGGCAAAACGCUAUCCUGCAUAUGAAUUAUAUCUUUAUGGAGAAGGAUCCUAUGCUGAAGAACACAAAAUUCUCCCUUUGACUGGUAUUCCAGUUCUCUUUCUUCCUGGUAAUGCUGGAAGUUAUAAGCAAGUUCGUUCGAUUGGUUCUAUUGCACUUAGAAAAGCAGAAGACAUUGACUUCAAGUACCACUUUGACUUCUUUAGUGUGAAUUUCAAUGAAGAACUGGUGGCACUGUAUGGUGGAAGUCUUCAGAAACAGACGAAGUUUGUACAUGAAUGCAUUAAAACAAUUCUCAAACUCUAUAAGGGUCAAGAAUUUGCUCCAAAAAGUGUGGCAAUAAUUGGUCAUUCUAUGGGUGGCCUUGUUGCAAGAGCAUUGCUUACAUUGAAAAAUUUUAAACAAGAUCUGAUAAAUCUUCUUAUCACACAAGCCACCCCUCAUGUUGCUCCUGUGAUGCCAUUAGAUCGUUUUAUAACAGACUUUUAUAUGACUGUAAACAACUAUUGGAUUCUAAAUGCUAGACACAUAAAUUUAACCACGCUUUCUGUAGCUGGAGGAUUCCGGGAUUACCAAGUUCGUUCAGGACUGACUUUUCUACCAAAAUUAAGCCAUCAUACCAGUGCCUUAUCUGUUGUGAGUUCAGCAGUGCCUAAGACCUGGGUCUCAACAGACCACCUUUCCAUUGUAUGGUGUAAACAAUUACAAUUGACUACAGUUCGAGCAUUCUUUGAUCUUAUUGAUGUUGAUACUAAACAAAUAACUCAAAAUCCCAAGAAGAAAUUGUCGGUUUUGAAUCACCACUUUAUAAGACACCCAGCAAAACACUUUGAGGAAAAUCCAGCAAUAAUUUCUGACUUAACAGGGACAUCUAUGUGGGUUCCAGUGAAAGUGUCCAAAUGGACCUAUGUGGCUUACAAUGAAAAUAACAUAUCAGUAGUAUUUGCAAACAUAGAAAUGGUUGCUAGGAAAAACAAUUUUUUUGUAUCCAAAAGGACUGUAUGGAUAAGAGUAUAUUGGAUUAGACUUAUUGGACCUUGUUUCAUUAGAACUUUCUCUGAUAGCCGGCAAGGGAUUGAUUUAUCAUGGAAAGCUGAACUACUGCCAACAAUUAAGUCUCUGACGUUAAGACUUCAAGACUAUCCAUCUUUGUCUCAUCUUGUUGUUUAUGUACCAUCUAUUCAUGGAAGUAAGUUUGUUGUAGAUUGUGAAUUCUUUAAAAAAGAGACAAGGUCCAUUCAGCUUCCUGUAACUCAUCUUUUUUCUUUUGGACUGUCUUCAAGGAAAGUGAUAUUAAAUACAAGUGGCCUGUUUUAUAAUAUAGAACUUCUAAACUUCGGACAGAUAUACCAGGCUUUUAAAAUCAACGUAGUAAGCAAGUGCUCAGGAGUCAAAGAAGAAAUAACUAGUAUUUAUAAACUUCAUAUUCCUUGGUCUUACGAAGAUUCCUUAACUAUUGCACAGGUACCAUCUUCCACAGAAAUUUCUCUGAAACUCCAUAUUGCUCAACCAGAAAAUGACAGCCAUGUAGCAUUAUUAAAAAUGUAUACAUCUUCAGACUGUCAGUAUGAAGUGACAGUUAAGACUUCCUUUUCACAAAUACUUGGACAGGUAGUUAGAUUUCAUGGUGGAGCUCUUCCUGCUUAUGUUACAUCUAGUAUCCUUCUUGCUUAUGGAGGACAGUUAUACUCUCUCUUCUCAACAGGUCAUUGCUUAGAAUAUGCUACUAUGUUGGAUAAAGAAGCCAAGCCAUACAAAGUUGAUCCUUUAGUAAUUAUGAUUAAGUUUCUGUUGGGAUAUAAAUGGUUUAAGGAAUUAUGGGAUGUGUUACUGUUACCAGAAUUAGAUGCCAUCGUUUUAACUAGUCAGAGUAUGUGUUUCCCCCUUGUAUCCUUGAUUCUCUUUCUGUUUGGAACAUGUACUGCCUACUGGGGUGGCCUACUUUCUUCUACAUCUGUGAGACUCCUUUCUUCAUUGUGGCUAGCUUUGAAAAGGCCCUCUGAACUUCCUAAAGAUAUCAAAAUGAUAUCAGCAGAUUUGCCCUUUUUGACAAUUGUUUUGAUCAUAGUUAGUUGGACAACCUGUGGAGCAUUUGCCAUACUGCUUACUUAUCUUUAUUAUGUGUUUAAGAUUGUUCAUCUGCAAGCCAGCCUAACAACUUACAAAAAUAGCCAGACUGUGAAUCCCAAACACUCUAGAAGAAGUGAAAAAAAAUCAAAUCACCAUAAAGACUCUACAGUACACUAUCUUCGUUUAUCUGCCAAUGAUGCUGAAGAUAGUCUUCGCAUGCACAGUACUGUGAUUAACUUACUAACAUGGAUUGUAUUACUCAGCAUGCCAUCUUUAAUUUAUUGGUUAAAGAAUCUCAGGUAUUACUUUAAACUUAAUCCUGAUCCAUGUAAACCUUUGGCAUUUAUCCUUAUUCCAACUGUGGCAAUUCUUGGAAAUACUCACACUGUUUCAAUAAAAUCCAGUAAAUUGUUGAAGGCUACUUCACAAUUUCCACUUCCUCUGGCUGUUGGUGUAAUUGCUUUUGGGUCAGCACAUUUAUACAGGGUUCCAUGCUUCAUUUUCAUUCCUCUUUUACUCCAUGCAUUAUGCAACUUCAUGUAAGACUGAAUUUAAGGAAUGAUAAAAAUAAUUACAACUUUAGGGUCAGUAAGAAGAGAGAAUGCACAGAUUCAUCAAUGUGGACAGCAAGAUCCUUUGGAGAAGACCAGUCUAUUUUUACAAUAUUGAAAAUAGGAAAUUAGUUUUAUAAUGCUUGAGAAAAGUAGUUGAAGCAUGGUUUUGUUUUGUGGUAUGGCAUCUGUGUACUAGUCAUUUUUGAAAAGGGUCUGGUGGCCACUGUUUUUGAGGACUUAUGCAUAUCAGCUAUUCUGCUUAAUUGGCCAUACUGGGGAUCUAAAUACUCAGUAAAUGUAGCAUUGCUUGUAAUCUCAACUCAAGCAUUCUGCUCAUUUCAUCAAACUUUCUUCUGAAAAGUCAGUUACUUUGUAUUUGCUACAGCAUGCAUAUUGAGAAAUCAGUCUUAAAAGAUGAAUGAAAAAGAAAAAGAUCAAUGAAAUUCACAACUGUUUGGUUUCUCAAAAAUGAAAUAACCUCAAAGAGUCAGUUUUGGCAGCCACAGUGAACAAGGCAGAUCUUUUGUUUUCUUACAUCUAUGAAAAUACAACUUUUAAUUUUAAGGAGACAUGUUUUCUUGGUAACCAAUGGAAGAUUGGUGAACAUAAUUUAAACUCAAAACUUAGUGAAAUUUUCUCACUACUUUUCAAAUACAGAUCUUACUUUGUAUUCUUGGUGAAUAUCAGGAGUCUAUUAAAGAAAUCUCUCAUUAAAUUUAAAGAAAAUUGUCCCAGAUAUUUACUUAUUGAUGUUGGAGCGGUACAGUUGUUCAGUAUGUACCAUUUUAUUUAAUUCAUUGACCCAAUGGUUGCCAAAAGUGCCUCAGAUCAUGAUGGCUUUUAAAAUAACUAAAUUCCAGUGGUCAGAAAAAAUCUCUAGUUUUGCAGUUUUUGUCUACUGUAGAAAAAAAGUCAGCGUGAUCAAGUGGUGUACCACAUUUGAUAUGUAAAAUAAUACUAUUAAUGGAAUAACCUACUGUUACCCAUUAAUAGCAUAAGUAUAAACAGUAUACCUAAAUAAAUUGGAGGUUUUAGCCACUAGUUUUAACAAUGGCAUCUUAAUUUGCCAAGGUGAUUACCUUGGUUUGACAGAAAAGAGAAUAAUAUUUCUAUUUCAUUUGAGACUUCAGCUCGCUUUUAGCUACAGAAGAGUAGGUAAUGGAGCUAGGUAUCUUUGCCUUAAGAUAGAAUAAACUCAGGCUGAGGUAUACUUGGCUCAUGGAGCCCUUCCUUUAGAUGUGUAUGCUCUACAUACCCAAAACCGUUUAAAGUCCUUAAAUCCCAGUAAUACUUGUGAACUUUUGUCCUUGUUAGUACCCAGGACUGUCCUAGAGUACCAGAUUCAUUUUGUCAGCAAUUGCAUCUGGAUUCCAUUACAACCUCUCAGCUGUUACUGCCUGUGGAGAGUUUCCCCCACUUCACUGCCUAUAGAGGGUUACCUCACUUCACUUCUCAGUUAUUCCUCAGGUCCUUGCUGUUUUGGCAUCAGUUGAAGAGGAUCUCGGUAUCAUCUAUGAGGGUUGUAAGUUUGUUUAAUUCCAUUGUUGUCUCUCCCAACCUCAUGCCUAUUCAGUAUUUAUAUUUUCACUUAUGGAGAUCAUUAAAGGGAAGUGAUAACCUCAUAGUAGACAUGGCUGACAUUUCAGGCUCUUGUUUGAGAGAGGUAGCACAAGGAUAAAAUACAAAAUGCUUGUUUGUUCAGUAUAUGAAAGGAAAGAGAGUUUAUUAUACACUUGUCCCGUGGCAUACCACUUGUAUAUUUAAAUAAGGACAUAUCUGCUUAUGUUUACCUAUUCAUAUAUUCAUAAGUAAGUUUUAUAUACAUUGUAUCUUUGUUUUUUUCACUGACAUUAUUAUAUUUUUAAGUUACAGGUUAAAUGUGUCAUUUAACUAUUUCUUAAUUUAAACUUACGUUUAUAUACAGAAAGAACUUUAGAAAAUUCAUUAAUUUGUAUCUUCUAUUGACAGCCACAGUCAUUGUGUUUAUAUGAUCUAAAGUCUCCUUAUUCAGUCAGUACUGCUCAUGAAUAAAAUGUAACAAGCUUAAAUUUCUCAUUUGUGAGUAGGAGAUUAGCUUUUUAAAGCAGCAGACUAGGCACACUAAUUCUCACUAAACAAUUUUCGUAUGCGUGUAGUUAUCAAGUCCUAAAGUCUUAUUUAUUCCAACAGAAUAUUUCAUUUUAGGGCUAUAAAAAGGAUUCUAAUUAAACAUAAACAAUAUAGGUUGGGUCUUUAACCAUUGUAUACACACACACACACACACACACACACCCCUACUACACACACACACACUCACUCACACAUACACAUUUUGACAGGGUGUUUAUCAAAUCCUGAUGUACUUUAAGCCUAAAUAACUACCAGAGAUGAGAAGAUAGGCUCUGUCUCAAGAUUAGGGAAAUUGAUGUUUCUGUCACUUGGGGAAAAGAUAGUCCUUUUGUCUUUAAAUUAUACAUUGGUUCUACCAUGCUUACAACCUAUAUUAAUUAGCUGGCAAAACAGUACAGCUUUAUUAGAAAUGUUACUAAAAAUGAAAUUAUUUACUGGAAGUUACAGAUUCUUCAGUUCAACAAACUUCUGAGCUCAAGUGCUAUAACAUUUUUAUUUAGAAUUUGAGUUUUGAGUUAUAAAAAUUACUCUUGGACCCUAUUGUUGAUAACUAGAUCAAACAGGAGAAAUACUGAGUACUUUUAGUGUUUCUAAAGCCUCAGUUGGAGUUACUAGUAUAAUUUGGAAGUGAUAAUAUGGUAGAAAAUAUUAACGUCUUUUUUCUGGAUCUUUUUCAUGCCAGAAAUUAAAACAGUUUCUGCUAACUCUUUUCUUGGUUGUCACUAGAAUGAAGAUAUUUAAAACAGUGGUCCCAAAAAGCCAUUCUUGCCUGGUUCACAUUGAUUUUGAGUUUCUUCAGUAUAUAUUGAUCAUGUAUUGAUUAAUCUUUAAUUUUUUUUCAUAUUUUGGUCAGAUAAAUUCACAUGUAUCUAAUGGAAUACCUUUUCUUGAUUGAACUACACUGUGGUAUCUAUAUGAUCAUACAGUAAAAAAAUAAAGAACUAUACUAGGCCUAGUAAA